UUUCACCUCUUGCUUUCUAUCUUUUUUCGCUCAAUUAAUUCAUCCUUUCUGCCUUACUCACCAAAAACCAUACAAGCCAAUCUCUCCAUUAAUCAACUUGAUCGCUCGCAGCAGCUCAUGUCUAGUGAAAGAGGAAAAGAUUUGGCACAAGGAUCCAAUGAAGACCAUCAACACUCUUCUGCUGCUGCAACUCCAAGCCGUUAUGAAUCUCAGAAAAGAAGGGAUUGGAAUACUUUUGGUCAGUACUUGAAGAAUCAGAGGCCUCCGGUGGCUCUUUCUCAGUGCAAUUGCAACCAUGUUCUUGACUUCCUCAGGUACCUAGAUCAGUUUGGGAAGACUAAGGUCCAUCUUCAAGGCUGCAUGUUUUAUGGGCAGCCUGAGCCACCGGCUCCUUGUACUUGCCCUCUCAGGCAAGCUUGGGGCAGCCUCGAUGCCCUUAUUGGUAGGCUCCGAGCUGCUUAUGAAGAAAAUGGAGGUCCUCCUGAGAGUAACCCUUUUGCCAGUGGCGCUAUUCGUGUGUAUCUAAGGGAGGUUAGGGACUGUCAAGCUAAGGCAAGAGGUAUUCCUUACAAAAAGAAGAAGAAGAAGCCUAGUUCAAGCAAAGGGAUUGAUGAAUCCAGCUCUGCCAUGCAUUUCUAGUAUCUUACAUGAUCGAGCUUGUUGUUGGAGAAUCAAAGUACUGAAAGAAGUUAAAGGGAGUUAUUUUCUUUGCUACCCAAUUGUCUAAGAUGAUGAAGGGAGGUUAUAACUUGAGCUGAUAAUUUCAAGAACUACUAGCUCUUCUCUCUCGAGCUGUUCCAGUGAUCGAUAUCAGUCUCUCCCUUUGUUUCCUGAAUUUGUAAGCUUGCUUUUAAAUUAGCAGAUCUAUCUUUACGUUGUGCAUUAAUUAUGUGCCACUGAAGUUUUCUCAACUGUAAAAUAAUAUGAUUAAAAUGCAUAUAUUAUAUUUUUAUCA